AUGGACGUUGAAGCUAGAAAUAAAUUUUGCGGUCUCUUGAUGUUCACAUCUUCGACAGAUGUCUCUGGAACAAAGGGUAGCAAUGUCAUAGUAAAUAACUAUGAUACAUCUUCUUUUACCUCAUUCUCUGAGUCUGAACCUUUUCACGCUGAUUCGUCUUCUAUCGCCGCUGGCGCUGCAGCUACCGAUGAGAAUGAAAAUGGAAAGAAAUCUCCAGGAUGUUCAAAAUCACAAUUAGAAAAGCGUCCACCGCGUCCUCCAAACGCAUUUAUCUUAUAUAGACGAGAGAAGCAGCCGGGAAUUUUAGCAGCUCAUCGUCAUCUUACUAAUGCACAAAUUUCAAGAUAUAUUGCUGAUUUAUGGAGAGGUGAAUCUAACGAAACUCGUUUACACUGGGAACGAGAAGCUGAUAAAACAAAAUUAGAACAUAUGAAAGCAUAUCCAAAUUAUGUUUAUCUUCAGUAG